AUGGGGGCAUUACAAAGGAUGAUCAGAGAAAUGAUGGAGCCUAAAGCCAGAAGAGGAGAAAGGCCCACCUAUAGGAAGCCAUAUCCGGCUUAUAUCGAUCAAAUACCUCUAUCCCUUGGUUUUAAGGUGCCAAACUUCACCUUAUUCAACGGAGAGGAUCCCCAUGCUUCAUCAGUUGAGCACAUAGGCAGGUUCUCUGUCCAGUGCAUAGCCAUAGAGAACAAUCCUCUUUUGAAGUUGAUGCUUUUCGGGAAUUCUCUCUCCAGACAAGCUUUUAAUUGGUACACCAACCUGCCAGCUAACUCUGUUCAAACUUGGGAGCAGAUGGAAAGUGUUUUCCAUGACUAUUAUUACAGGAUUCAGGCAGAAGUCACCAUCAGUGACCUUGCUGCCCUCAAACAGAGUGAAGAUGAACCUGCUCAAGACUUCAUAACCACGUUCAGGAAGCUCAAAAUGAAGUGCCGGAUCCCUAUGGAAGAAAGACACUUCAUCCAGAUGGCUCAGGCUGCCCUCAUGAUCUCUCUGAGAAAAAGAUUUGAUGGGAUGCUGUUUGGAGACCUGGCAGAACUGGCAGAUAAAGCAUCCAAGUAUGAGGAACUGCUUAGGGAAGAACAGCAGAAGAGGAACUCAUCCAAAGGCACGUAUUACAAGUCACCUUCCUCUUCAAUACAUCUGGUUCAGGUAGAAUCAAAAGAGGAAGCAGAAUGCUCAGAGGAGGGAGAAGUGGCAGUAGCAGAAAUGGCAAAAUUGAAACAUCCCAUCAGCUGCAAGGCCCAAACAAUGCCCCCAGCUAAAGGAUCAGAAGCCAUCACCUUUCACAUGAGGGUUUGUUCCGAGCAAACCAACACAGAACAAGGUUUACUCCUUUGA